AUGGCGCGCGUGUACGCCGACGUCAACGAGCAUAUGCCUCGGUCCUACUGGGACUAUGACAGUGUGAACAUUUCCUGGGGCGUCCUCGAGAACUACGAGAUUGUUCGCAAGAUCGGUCGUGGAAAGUACUCUGAGGUAUUCGAAGGCAUCAACGUCGUCAACUACCAGAAAUGUGUCAUCAAGGUGCUCAAACCUGUCAAGAAGAAGAAAAUUAAGCGUGAGAUCAAGAUUCUCCAAAAUCUCGCUGGCGGUCCCAACGUUGUGGCUUUGCUGGACGUUGUUAGGGACAACCAGAGCAAGACCCCCAGCUUAGUCUUUGAGGCCGUCAACAACACCGAUUUCCGGACUCUAUACCCCCGCUUCACGGACUAUGAUGUUCGGUUCUAUGUCUACGAGCUCCUGAAGGCGCUGGACUUCUGCCACAGCAAGGGUAUCAUGCACCGAGACGUCAAGCCCCAUAACGUCAUGAUCGAUCACGAGAAGCGCAAGCUGCGGUUGAUCGAUUGGGGUCUUGCUGAGUUCUAUCACAAGGGUACCGAAUAUAACGUCCGAGUCGCAUCUCGUUACUUCAAGGGCCCUGAGCUGCUUGUCGAUUUCCAGGAGUACGACUACUCGCUCGAUAUGUGGUCAUUGGGCGCUAUGUUUGCCUCCAUGAUCUUCCGCAAGGAACCUUUCUUCCACGGCAACAGCAACUCGGACCAACUGGUGAAGAUCGCCAAGGUCUUGGGAACUGAGGAACUUUUCGAGUAUUUGGACAAGUACGACAUCGAGCUGGACCCGCAGUAUGACGAGAUCCUCUCGCGCUUCCCUCGCAAGCCGUGGCACUCGUUCGUUACUGCUGAGAACCAGCGCUUUGUUAGCGAAGAAGCCAUUGACUUCCUUGAUAAGCUGCUUCGUUAUGAUCACGCCGAACGCUUGACCGCCCAAGAGGCCAUGGCCCACCCUUACUUUGAUCCCGUCCGCGCUGAUUCCCAGAGCAACGCUGCUGCCCAGUCCUGA